GAGUGACUCGUUGACUGCGGCGACCGCAAUUUCGGCAACAUGGGAGCCGUUGUGGGAUUUAUUCUGAACGGAUUUUAAGAACCGUCGGGAAAAUGGCAGAGAGUGUGGGGGUGGACGGCCCAAGGAACAACUACCAGUAGCAAUUACAUCAUAUCUGGGAUUGGAUGCAUCAAUUAUUUGCAUAAUGACCAACAUCUGAACUUCUGGCUCUCCUAUGAUGCUAAGCCUCAACCCCAACCCCUCCCUUCAGGGAGGAGCGUGUGAUCAGAGGGUCAACUCAAGGUUGGAGUGGGUGGAGAUCAUCGAGCCGCGCACGCGGGAGCGUAUGUACGCCAACCUGCUGACAGGCGAGUGUGUGUGGGACCCUCCUCAGGGUGUUCGCAUCAAGCGGACUGGUGACAACCAGUGGUGGGAGCUGUUUGAUCCCAACACCUCGCGCUUCUACUACUACAAUGCCUCCACCCAGCGCACAGUGUGGCACCGGCCCCAGGGCUGUGACAUCAUCCCCCUGGCCAAGCUGCAGACUCUGAAGCAGCACACUGAUGCUACUAACCCCCGUCCUGCAGGUGGAGGAGGAGGGAGAGCAUCAGCUGACAACAGCCCCGGACGCAACAGCGGGGUCAGCCGAGAGGGAAGUACUUCCUCCUCCCUCGAUCAGGAGCUCUCUGAAAAACAGGGCAACAGAGAGGAGGCAGACAGGACUUCACCCUUUAGGUGGAACACUGGUACAAAGGAGCGAAUGCUAAUCAAGGUGACGGACAGAGAGCCCAGCUUCUUGGCCCACCAGGGAAAUGGUUAUUCCCCCUGUGACCCCCCCACCCCUGGUCCCCCCUCUGGAGGGGGCACCACCUCACGAACCCGCCGUUCCUCUGGAGGAAACCCGCCUCAAGAACCCGAUGGCUCCCCCGUUCUCUAUUCCGACCGCCGUCAGUCUCCCUUUCUGAAGAGGGCUGAGCUGGGCAGCACCGGUACCCACCGCCGCUCCUCAGCUGACUCCCAGCCUCCCUCGCCUCGCUAUGCCUAUGAACCCCCACUUUAUGAGGAGCCUCCGUCAGAGUACCAGCCCCCUCCCAUCUAUGAGGAGCCCCCCACUGACAUGCACCUCUCUGACUCCUCCUCCUUCUACGGCACUGGCAAGUCACCUGCUCGUAAGUCUUCAGCCCCCCUCUAUCACUCUCCCAAGCAGGGCCAGUCGCCUUAUGGCCAGCUGGUUCUGACCAGGCAGAAGUGUCCAGAAAAGACCCAGAGUCUAGAGUACAGUCCUGUGGGGAAGGAGUACGUCAAGCAGCUGGUGUACGUGGAGCAGUCGUCUUCUAGCCCUCGCUUCAAGACAGCUGACCGCUUGCUGCGUUAUGGCACUACAGGGGGCUAUGGUGGCUCAUAUGGGGGAUCCUACACUCUGCAGCACAGCCAGUCUCUAAUCAGGGACCCCCGCCUACUGCUGGACUACAGUGGGGAGGGUGGAGAGGGAGGCCAGAGGUUGCUUUAUGAAGACUCCAUAUCCUGGACAUCCAGUCAGACCCACUCCCUCUCCUCUUCCUCUACAAGUGGUCCUGGGGCUUUCUCUCCCGGAGGUAACCGCAAACGGAAGAGCCGCAAGCCGUCCCUCCCCCAGGAACUCGCACGCUGUGGAGGGCAAGAGGGGGAGCUGGCAGGCACAGCAUCCGAGGCGAUGCUGGCCCAGGCCAGGCUGGCGUGGGAGGCCCAGCAGGUGAUGAAACAGAGGAGCAGUUGGGACUCUGGACAGGGCGGGGGGGCUGCCCAGAGUGGCGGCUCCAAAGAUGGCUAUGAGAGUGACGGGGCAGUGCCUCUGCCACUACCGGGACCAGUGGUGAGGGCGUUCAGUGAGGAUGAGGCGCUGGCGCAGAGUGAUGGCCACCACUGGAAACGCAGCACCUUUGAUCGGCUGGGCUUCCCCCAGGCCCUGCUGGAGAAAAGCCUCUCUGUCCAGACCAACCUGGCCUCCCCUGAGCCUUAUCUCCACCCCUCACAGUCGGAGGACCUUGGAGCCUGUGCCCAGUUUGAGGCCAGUCGAAAUGCCAGGAAUAUGAUGCCGAGCGCCAGCUGUGGCAUUUUCCCAGAAUUCAACCUGAGAAAGCCCUCCUCAGAGACCGACAUCGAGAACUGGGCAUCCAAGCACUUCAACAAACACACACAGGGUCUGUUUCGAAGAAAGGUGUCAAUUGCCAACAUGCUGGCCUGGAGCAGUGAGCCCAUCAAGAAGCCCAUGAUUGUCACCUCAGACCGCACUGUGAAGAGGGAGGCAGUGGACAUCUUUAAGCUCAUUCAGACCUUCAUGGGAGACCGUCGCUCUAAGGCUGACUCCCUCUCUGUUGCUCUGGAGGUGGUGGUACGUGGGUGGAGUAACCAGGGUCUGCGGGAUGAGCUCUACAUCCAGCUGUGUCGUCAAACCACCGAGAACUUCCGCUACGACAGCCUGGAGCGAGGCUGGGAGCUGAUGGCCAUCUGUCUGGCCUUCUUCCCCCCCACACCGCGCUUUCACACCUACCUGGAGGGCUACAUCUACCGACACAUGGACCCUCUCAAUGAUACCAAGGGAGUGGCCAUUAGCAGCUAUGCUAAAUACUGCUACAGGAAACUGACAAAAGCUGCUCUGACUGGUGCCAAGAAGGGCCUGCAGAAGCCUAGUCUGGAGGAGAUCAAGCACGCCAGGAAUGCCAUCUUCAGUCCCUCCAUGUUUGGCUCCUCCCUGGAUGAGGUGAUGGCGCUCCAGAAGGAGAGGUAUCCGGACAGCCAGCUGCCCUGGGUGCAGACUCGCCUCUCUGAAGAGGUGCUGGGUCUCAAUGGAGACCAGACAGAGGGCAUCUUCAGGGUACCAGGGGACAUAGAUGAAGUCAAUGCCCUCAAGCUGCAAGUGGAUCAAUGGAAGAUCCCCACAGGACUGGAAGACCCACACAUCCCAGCGUCUCUGCUGAAGCUCUGGUACAGGGAGCUGGAGGAGCCACUGAUCCCUCAUGAGUUUUAUGAGGAGUGUAUCAGUCACUAUGAUAACCCAGAGGCAGCUGUUAAUGUGGUGCUGGGCCUGCCACACAUCAACAAACUGGUGCUCUGCUACCUCAUCCGCUUCCUACAGGUAUUUGCCCAGCCUGCCAAUGUGGCCAUCACCAAGAUGGAUGUGAACAAUCUGGCCAUGGUCAUGGCUCCCAACUGUCUGCGCUGCCAGUCCGACGACCCCAGGGUGAUCUUUGAGAACACCCGCAAGGAGAUGUCCUUCAUCCGGGUGCUCAUCCAGCGGCUGGACACCAGCUUCAUGGAUGGAAUCCUAUAGCCCCCCCACCACACACACACACACACACAGACACAAACUAUCCAUACUUUACCCCCAGCUUCCCCUACAAUCCCUUUAACCCACUUCAUGACAGGCCCCUACACACUCCCCCAGCACAGGAACAUCAUACAUACACAUUGUUGCUGCUGGGUGAAUACCUUGCCUCUCCAACAUGUUUACUUUUCUGGAACUAACAAAACUGCCUUGUUUUGGAGUUUGACCACUGUACAUUUUGAGUUGAACCAGCUGUAUUUUCUAUUUCUGUAGACAUAGUCCUUGAACUGACAUUGACAUGAGAAAAACACCACUAUUGGAGUUCCAAGGUUUUCAUAUGCUAACAGUACUGUGUGUGCCUUCACAUACAUAAUACCGUAUACACAUACAGUAUGAAGGAAUUAGCAGGGAUCUCAUCAUUCAGUUGGAUUCAUGUUAGACUCACUGGCACACUCACACUUCAGGACCGCAAAGGUUCAUUUCACAUCCAAAUUAUUUGUUUUAUAUGAACUGACUGCUUUGUUUCCCCCUGCUUAAACACACACGCACCGUCACAUACAAAAUAGACACACAUAUUACACACACAUAUUAGUACAUGCACACACUUGUAUUGAAAGUCUUGCUCCAAGAUUCCACCUUCUGCAGUGUACAAUACCAUAUUAACACACAGCAAGAUUUAUCACCGAGGUGAAUGAUGCAUUCAUUAACAUGACACACACACAGUUCUGCCACAGGUGUUCAAGACUCUCACACAUAAACAAUGCAUUCAUAGCACCAGAUUUUCACAAGAUAUAAAGCCUAACUGCACAAUUCCAUCAGUAUUUUAAUAUAUCAUAUUAAUCUGGCAAGAUUUUAACGGCCCGUGUGUCACACUGCCACAACUUAGACGGAGCUGAGAACUCAACACAGAGGCUCCCGUUAGCCUCAAGAUGGCAAGCUUGUGCUGUCUAAAUGAGAAAACAUCCAACAAGACACAACAUUUAAUGUGAAACAUAGCUUCACCCUGUUAGUCAGGUGUUUCCUGCCAAUAACCUGACUUAAAACAAGUGUAGUUGUAAAGGAAGACAGGGAUAAGGUGGGAGCCCUGUUGGUCACUAAGCCAUCGAGUGAGGAGAACAUGAACACUAAAUCACCCUGAGUUUUGUUUGGACUUCAAGGUUUUAACGCUUCCAUCAUGUUGGGUUCAUGGACAAAUAAGCAUAGACUUUGCUCAAAUUGUUAGUACAUUCUAGAAAUGUUAAAAGUAUAUUAUGCAGGGUGUCUAUUACUGUUUGCAAACACAUUCGCCAGUGAAAGUUAAAGCCAACCUCAGAUUCAUUCUCGUUUGGCAUUUUGCCUGGCUAUAUUUGUGUCUGUUGGAUGCCUGCUGCUUACGGUCCAACACCUGCUUGCUACCUUUUUAUAAAGUCAUGAUCUCACCUGAGUGCUGUGGGAGUACACACCCAUAAACUUCCCAAACCCAGAAAACAAGAAAAUCUAGACAGAAGGCAGAUUCUCUGCAGAUAAAUACACCACAACACCAUUCUACUGGGUUAUAAGCAGGCCCAAAGCAGCAGUGAUCUAAAAUGAAAAUCUGUGGAAUUCUGUGCAAUGUUUUUUUUUUUUGCUCGUUAUGUGAUAAACAAUAUUCAUUUAUGAUAACAAUUGUUUUUGAACAAAAAUAACCUUACACAAUACAUUAAAACCUAAAAUGACCAAAAGCAGGUUAAAAGAACUACCUGGUGAAUUUUAGUAGAAACUUUGAAUCAAAUUUUAUUUAAUCAGAAAUACUUCAACAAAAUAUAUAAACAUUUGUUGGAAAAGUCAAUCAAACAAAAUGUGGGACACAUGGCCAUUGAAUUGGACGGUUCAAUAUAGAGCAGAGUGAGAGAAAUUAAUUUGCCAGUCUAUUAACAGCAAGUCUUAUUUUGGCAAUUCUUCUCUACACCACUUACUUUGAUUUUAAAGCUAUCUGAAUACAACACACAAUUGUCACACACAUGCACAAGGAGGUGGAGGGGACAGUGACAACAUUCUGAGUUUUACUGGCAGCAUCUAUAUUUUGAAAAUCUGCGGAAAAUCUGUGGAGUUCUGGGGCACUGAUUCUGUAUGGGCCUGCUUAUAAGUGGUGAUUUAGAGAAAUUACUUCUGUUUGAGUCUAUACAUAGUUUUCUUUUAGGAAAAUCCUGUAUAAUAUAUCGUUAGGUAUUUAAACAAAACAUACUCAACACAUUAUAUUGUCAGAGUGGGUUGUCACAAGUUAUUUCAGUCAGAGUCUUGAAAAGUAAAAAAAAAAAAAAGUACGAAAUUGAGUCUUAUUAGAUUUUAGAUUUACAAAAGUCUAGUCUAUAGAAAAGUCUGAUACUGUACUCUCUCUUGCCAGCUGUAGGCAGUAAUGUUAGUUAUAAAAUAUUUUUGCAGGCUGUUAAACACCUGCAGACGAAAGGUUCUAUUGUUCUUACAGUGGACUGUACUGUAGCAGGCUGUCCAAUCCUGUUUUAUGGAGUUUCAGUCAGCACCAUGACACCUGUAACAGACACUGUCAUGACUGCAAGCCUUAGUAUAACAUGGAAGCUCAUCAGCUCAUAAUGAGAAAGUGUUGAUUUCAGAAUUAAUUUUUGAUAAGUUGAUUUAUCCAUUCAUUUUCAAGGUGUAGCUUGUGUUGAUUAAUUUACAUGCUAAAUCUUGCUGAGAGGCAGACACUGCAGCCACCCACAAGUGACAGUUAUGGUGGAUGCUAAAACACAGGAACACUAAGAGAAUGAUCAUAAGCCUACUGCUACUGCUCCUACCAAAGUGUGAAAAACUGUAGCAGACAAACCUCUGAGUGUAUGAGAUUAAGCUACAGUGUGUUUUUUGCUCAUGAGUUAAAAUGUCAUUUGUAAGGAGAUAUGAAAUUACUUUUUUCAAAAGUUCCAUACUCUUGAUUUUGUACACACACUACAGUAAGAGUAGUGCUAUUACAUUAUACUGAUUGUGAAAUACUGUACAAACCAGCAAUUGCUAUAGUUAUCUGGUAUGCAGCACUGGAGACAGUAACCACGGUCCAGGUGGAUUUUGGUGUCCAUGUUCUAAUCACUUAACACAUGGAAGGCCAGUUUAGUUUCUCCUUACUGGCUGAACAUGUGCUAACAGGAAAUAAGCCAGCAACACUUGCCUUGGCUCUGGCAGAUGAUGGCCUGUCUUUGAAUGAAACAUGUAAACUGAUCUCACAACAGUUUUAUAUUCUUUAGCAUUAGAUCAUCUUGAGGAAAUCUGGUGGUGACUGUCCACUCUGCCACAGUAUUUGGUGCUGUCCAGUCACUUUGGCUGCUGACCACAGCCUCCUGAAUCCAUGAGCGACACAUCCAGCAGUAGGGAUGAUAGCAGCACUGCCAAUAAGGCCCCAUACAUAGUGUUCAAACACAGAUCAGCAUGCUCAUUCAUCCUGGGAGGGAUUUGAGAAGUGCCAGUUCUCCCACAAUAACCCCCCCAGGCCCAUCCUCCCACCCCACCUGAGCCCACAAAGCAAGUCCACCACCAUCACGGAGCCCCAACAGGCCUUUCUGCUCACUAAUGAUUUGUGAAUGUGUCUACCUGCUUGUCUGUUUGUCUGUCUGUCAUUGUUUACAAGAUGUACCUGUCUCUUGCAUUCAUAUGGUCUUUGUCUCUGAGCAAGUACUGUUGUUUAAUGUAUUCAUUUGAGAUUUUGCUGUAUUUAACAGAAUUUCUAUGUUUUCUAACCCAUUCUUUUUAUAUAAUUUAAUUUAUUAUAUUUAUUUGAGGAGAUUUCCUUAAUGCCUUCUCAAGAUAUUGUAUUGUAGGCUCCAGUGUGUGUGUUUUUGUUACAGCACGAGUGUGUGUAUGAUAGCGUGGAUGAGCAAUCGACUGUAGUUUUCAGUAUGGUAGGGCACAUACCUGUUGAUGUGUGACUGUGUCAGUCUCGCUGUACCGGUUUAAUUCAUUUGGAGUUUUUUGUGACACAGCUGAAAUGAUGAUUGUGAAUGGCCCAUGGACACACACACACACACACACACACACACACACACACACACACACACAUGGACCAUCCUGGAAAAGCACUGACGUUCCACCUUAAAGGUCCAGAUGACACUCAGUCUCACAAAUGGCUAAAUGACCCUUUUUUCUUUGUGAAGAGACUGUGAUGAGUGUCGCUGUGUGUGCGAUGUGCAGCUCACUCACUCUGACAUACACACUCCACAUAGAUAACAUGUACAUUGACACUGUACAGACUAUGUAAAAAUAAGUAUAUAGAGUAACGAGCAGAAAAAGCACCAUAAGUAACAGUGGAAAUUGCUAUGGACGUAAAUGUAACAGGGUGGGGGGGUUGUUUAAUUAAUUUAUUUUUUUUCUCCAAGUCUUGUUAAAGUGUAAAUUUUCUUCAUACUGAUCGAGGUCUAAAAGUGGCAAUUUAAAUACAUCAUGUCCACCCAUAAUCCAUUCAAAGUGAUUUUAAGCCCCGAUAUCUGUAACUGUCAGUCGCAUGUAUACUCCAAAAAGAGGUGGUUUGUCUGGAGGACCAGUUUGACAGUUAAGUUCUGGGCAAACCAGGGAUUUGCAGAGAAGAUUCUGUGAUGUGUCGCUGAGAUUAUGUGUUGCAUUAGUCAGCCAUCAGUCUACAGUAGCUGCAUCACCAUCUGCAGCUGAACCAUGCUACAAACAUUCUGUGCAAAGAGAGAGGCAGCUUUCUCUCAGACAGUAGGACCACUUGAGACCACCCACCUUUUUCUUAAGACUAAAAGUAGCUGCUACAUGCAAGAAAAACAUUAUGCCAGCGUCCUCCUGUCUUCAUAAACCCUUUUUACACCAACGUGGAACAGCUUCCGUUUCGGUUCUCGCACCUAAUUUUGUUUAGAGCAUUUUGACAACAACAAGAAAAAAGAUUGGUUCAGACCUAAAAAUGUUGGUUCCAAGCUGAAACCAAAAAAUAGUUGUUUUUUUAAAUUCAGCUUUUAUUAUAAAUACAAAGUCAGAUGUCAUGGAGAGCAGAAAUUGUCAGAAAGACAAGUGACAAGACUGAAAUUGAACAGUAAGGAAUAAAAAAACAAAACUAAGAGACAGCAUUGAAAAUCAAGUAGCAGAAUAUUACCAAAUAGCAGGUUAUAAUGAUGUAUGGUCAGUAUACUUUUCUUGUUAUUCACAUUCAAAAGACUUAAUUAAUUUUUAAAAAAUCUAUUUAAAAAUGUUGUAACAGGGGAUGAUUUUGCAGAUUUGGAUUUGUGUAUAUGAAAUUUCCCAAGCAGGAUCAGGAGGUUUGUCUCAAUGAAAUUAACAUUGCUUUCAAAGUAAAAAAUAACACCUUUGAGACUGAACUUCACAGAGUGACUGGUAUUUCUUAAAAUAUAAUAGCAGGUUUUUUUUGUUAACCUGAAGUGCAAACCGUGAUGACAUCAGUGCACAUGUCACAUUCUACAGGUUGGAAUGAGAGGAUGGAGAAGACAAUAACGAACAUUUAGCAAGAAAUCAUUGGUGGUCUCAUUGAUAGAACAAAAGGUAACAGGCAAUCAAUGGGUGCCAUCUUGCUACUACAAUUUACUUUUAUUGUGCAACGCUCUCUAUUGAUGACACAUCCUUGAUUACAGUGGUUCUGAUCAAAACUGGUGAAAACAAAGCAGCAACCAAAUGAAGACAAUGUGGAAGUGCCAAAAACUGCAGUUCAUAAAAUGUCCACUUGAGGAUGGAUCCAAAACAGAGUCAAUCCCCAUAGACCUUCAUGUCACUGUUAACAUGUCUGACUUUACAGCAGAAAUAACCAUGUUUACAGUCUGGUACAAAAAACAGUUUUGGUCUCUAUAACUAAUUUCAAUAUUCAUGACAACUGUCUUUGGGCAGGAUCCCACACACAUUUACAUUUUAUUAAGGCCCAAAGUUACACAUAUUUAAGGGCGGGGCUGUUUGAGUGACAGGCUGUCUGCGAGGCGUUGCUGCAAGCUGUAAGCCAGCUCCAUCCUCUCGUCCAAAUAAGGUCACUUCUGGCCCCACAAAACUAAGAUGGUGAUGGUCAAAGUGCCAAACUUGUCAGUCUAUGGUGGAAACACAGGCUGGUUCCCUAGAUAGCACCAAGGUUCCAAGAGUCCUGAACGGCUCCGGUUCAAGAACCAGAGCUCAUUUGGCAGAAAAGGGGUAACAGUGGGGCUGCCAGGUUUAAACACUGUCCUAACUCUACACAUCAGGCAGGUGACCCUCAGAUGAGUUGGUUACUAACUAACAAGAUACAAUGUGUGAAGUGCACUUACAAGUCAGUAAACCGGAGUCCUCAGAUAGAGGAUGGGAAGCUAACAUUGAGCAGACUAUCCUGUACCACUGCAGCUGUCAACAUGCUCAAUUGAUUUGAGUUUUUAAUCUUCGAGAAACUUUAAAAAGGGCAUAAAGUUCAGUUAAAGUCAGCCAGCUACUUGCCAGGAACUGCAAGUGGAAAAUAGAAAUUUGCUAAAAUCUGCUGCAUUACAUCUCUCCAUGUUUUAUGUGAGGUUAACGUUCUUUGUACUUUGUCCCUGUUCAAAUGAACACAUGCGAGCUUAUAAGACAAAAUCAUCAGAACAAACUUGUCCCUCAUUUGACAACUGACUUCUUAAUGGAGUAUAAAUAUGGCCAAAUGUUUAUUUGAUUUCCUGUAAAAUCACAGUAAAUGAGAAGCCUUGGAGAUAGCCUGGCCAGGCUGAAAUGUUGCGGUAGUGUGUAUGAGUGUGUAAGUGGUGUGUGUUUGUGAGAGUGUCCUUGUUUUAUGUACGAGAUGGUUGUAGAUAGACCCAACAAAUCAACCGAUUAGCAUGCAGACAUGGGGUCUUCACUCUCUACGACUUGAAUUUACUAAAAUAUGAGAAUAUACAAGGAAAACAAACUGAAUUUACAUAAACUAAUUGUGACAGUAUUUAGCUUUAAAAAUCCACUAAGAACAAGAUUAAGGUCUUUUAAUCUGUUUUUCUGAUUUGUUUUUUUUCUACUUGGUUCCUACUAAUGAUGAUUUGGUAGUCAGUGUCGAUGCUGUUCGUCUAAUGUAAAGAAAAUGACAAUGAAGAGAAGGUGUGAGAUAGCUGCUGUGAAACUGCUCUUCACUUUGACGUCAGUCCUCCAGGUUUUUCAGUUGUAUCUUAAUGUCCACUGUCACUCACACUCUGUCCAAGGGACGACUCUGGAAGUGUAACGGACGUUGGUUUAAUAAAUGAUUCAAAUGUCAAACUAA